GUCUUUUUCACCACCACCCGCGGGCUUAAUCUAGCAGCGUACUUUUGAUAUCCUGAGUUCAGACCGACCCCUGGACCACUCCUGAAGCUUCUCGGCUAAUCGGAGGUCCAGCACAAACAUGGCUGCCAGGCCGGGCGAGGAGAACGUAGCCACGCUUUACGGAGACGUCCAUUACUUCUACGGUCCGCCGACGGAUAACCCGCCUCAUCACCGGUUCGACAAAGGGUCCUACGUCUACCUGUUUGAGGAUGCGAACCAGGGGCGCGCUCGUUUGGAGAUUGCCAACCAUGUCGGGACAGAUGAUCAGGACGCUUUUGAUGGCUACCUUGACAGGGUCCACCUUCACUACUCGUACAAGCACACAUGCCUUGUGACACUGAUUGUCGGAGAGGUCGAGGGAAACGACGAGUGGCAUCUGCCAACCUACGACCCCCAUAACCAGAACAAAUACCAUUACAAGCUACACUCUCUCGACAUCUAUUUCUGGACGCCCCAGGACGCCGUGCAGUUCGUCAAUGGCAUCAGGCGCGUGCUACCUCCGGCCCAAUUCGAGGUCCAGGAUGAGCCUGGGCCGCCGCCCCGUCACUCGGCCGAGGUGAGCUCAGUAGUGCAGAAGCUCGAACAGGCCGCCAUCUCCGACUCCGGUUCCCUCCAGAACACGCCCGCUGGUCUGCAGUCCAAUGCCGUCGGAGGCCCGACGUUUCCGGGUCCUCCAAUGUCUGCAGUCUCCGGCACGGCGGAUGGCACCCCACCCCCGCCUCCCCAGUCAAUCGUCCCCAUGGCUUACAACCCGGCCGCGCCACCUGCUCCCGAGCAAGUACGGCAUCGCGAGAAGACACCGCCCCCUGAUGAUGGCAUCGCGAACCCUCUGCACCAGACGCUGGCCUACGACGCGGCGACACCCUUCUCACCAGGCCUCGCCCCAAGCGGUCUUGGCCCGCUCAGCCCCGGUAUCCCGCCGCCGAACAUUCAACACCCGCCCGGCGCACCGACCUUUCCAGGCCCGCCUCAACACAGCGUCACCUCACCAGGGUUUGCGGCCCAGGGGUUUGGCUCCCUCGGCGGGCAAGCCGCUAGCCUGUCCCAGCAACCGCCUGUGCACCCAGGCAUCUCCCGCGCCGCGACUAUGCCAGUCCAUGGCAUCGCUAGUCCACUGGCAAGCCCAGGGUUGGCGAGCCCUUAUGGAGUCGGGACAUUCCCCGGCCACGCGCAGUAUGCGCCUGGCAUCACCCAGACGCCAACACCGCCAGCUGCCGGGGCCGGCGUGCCCCCUUCUGCGGUGCCGGGGCAGGUGCAGAGCCAGUAUGCGGUGCACCAGCAGUUUUACGUACCCGAGAGCCAGUACAAACCGAAGCAGGAGACGAAGGGGAAGUUGGAGGAGGGAGCUGGGAAGUUGGAGAGGGGCGUUACAGGGUUGUUGAAAAGGGUUGAAAAGAAGUUCGGCUGAGGGAGUCAUGCGGUGGCCCAGUUGUUGGAGACAAUGGUUAUCAGGAACGGGACGCUCAAACAAUUGAUACCUAGGUUCUCUUGUGGCGAAUCCAGGUAUGCAAAACGGAAUACAGUCCAAUAACAGGACUUUGCAGUCUCAUCUCUAUCAAUAAUCCUCCUUUUGCCUGCGAAUGCCCUAUGACUCCAAAAAUGCAAUGCACCUCCAGCCC